CCAAGCUGGUGCUAAUUUAAGAACAUAUUGUUGUUUUCACUGGUUUGCAUGAAAGAUAUCCGGAGUGUACAUGCUAAUUUAAAAGUCUGUGGGCGAAUACAUUUUGAUAAAUGGCAUAAAUUUGCAGAAAGUUAAUUUAGCAACAUGGCUUAAUUUGCUUGUUCAAUCUGAUUGUGGUUUGGUAUGUUCCUUGCUGUAAUAUAUAGUGGGAUAGCCUGACAAUAGAUCAUCACUUGUAGCGGUCUUUUAUUACUCAAGAUAAGAACUUCGUGGCAUAUAAAGAUGGCCUGACCCUUUGGUUUCUUCUGUAUUGUCUGAAGCAGCCAGCAGGCUGAAUAGGAGAAAAGAAGAACCAACCAGAUCAAUGGGGCGUGGGAAAGUAGAGCUUAAAAAGAUCGAAAAUCUGACAAACCGCCAAGUUACCUUCUCCAAGAGGAGGAUGGGGCUGCUCAAGAAAGCAAAUGAGUUGGCCAUUCUUUGUGAUGCACAAAUUGGGGUGAUUAUAUUCUCUGGCACUGGCAAGAUGUACGAGUACUCCAGCGCCCCAUGGAGGAUUACAAAUAUCUUUGAUAGAUACCUCAAAGCCCCCAGCACCCGUUUUGAGGAGAUGGAUGUCCAGCAGAAAAUCAUCCAUGAGAUGACAAGAAUGAAGGAUGAGAGCAACAGACUUAGGAUCAUUAUGAAACAGUAUAUGGGUGAUGACUUGGCUUCACUGACUUUGCAAGAUGUGAGUAAUCUUGAGCAGCAGAUUGAGUUCUCUCUCUACAAAGUUCGUCUAAGAAAGCAGCAACAACUACUUGACCAGCAGCUUCUUGAUAUACGCAACAGGGAGAUGCAAAUUCCAGGAGACCAGAGCAACUAUCUGUGCCACAUGAACCUGGCCAGUGAUCAGACCCAGGCAGCUGCAAUGGUCAAUCCGAAACCAUUUCCGUGGUGGGAUGUGGGAAGCCAGAUGUACAAUCAGGAUGCUGAAUCCUCCAUGACAGCACUGCAGCUUUCACCUCAGCUUCACGAGUACAAGCUUCAGCCACUGCAGCCCAACCUGCAGGAGGCCAACCUCCAUGGCUACGUUCUCCGGCUGUGAACCCUUGGGACGCCAUGGAGCCCGGAAUGGAACUGAGCAGCUGGUUGAGGAUAAUGAGCUUCGUCUCUGCCUGAAUCUGCUACAGAACUCUAAUACUAACCAGCUGAAAAUAAACUGAAUUCACAUUAUCUGUGUUAUUGAACUUAAUGAUAUGUGUUAUUGAACUGUUUUCUCAUGUUAGAUGUAAAUUAAUGGUAUGGGUGGCUUUCUUGUGUGUUUUCAAAGACUACUUAUAUUAUCUGAAAAAAGAACUACUUGCAUGUUUGUAAUUAAGGUGUCUAAUGGUUUCAUCUCAAAAAACAAAAAUGCAUGUUGAUU